UACUCAGCAUGAAGAGACUUAGCUGUCUUUUGCUUCUGCUUGGCUUCUUAAAACCAUUCACCUGCCGUCCAACUGGCAGGAAUGAGAAGGAAAACAGCUCAAACAAACUCCUUCUGGUUUCUUUUGAUGGAUUCCGUUGGAAUUAUGACCAGGAUGUCAACACCCCGAACAUGGAUCUCCUCGUGAAGCAGGGAGUGAAAGCCAAGUACGUCACCCCUCCUUUCGUGACCAUGACUUCCCCAUCGCACUUCACAAUCAUCUCCGGUCGCUGGAUUGAAGAUCACGGAGUGAUCCACAAUAUGAUGUUUAACACAGAGACCCUGAAGAAGUAUUCUCAUAAGGCAACCCAGAACAAGACAGAGUGGUGGGACAACGGGGUGUUGCCAUUAUGGAUCACAGCUCAGAACCAGGGGAAAAAAACAGCCUCAUUCCAUUAUCCUGGCGGUGGUGCAACUUACAAGGGGCAGUCGGUCCACAGAACUCUCGUAGAGUCGUUUGAUCACCCUGACAGCAAUGAGACCGAGUGGAGAGAGAACAUUGACAUGGUUAUGAGCUGGUUUACCAAAGAGAACUUUGAUUUUGUCACCCUUUACUAUGGAGAACCUGACCAGGUAGGGCACAAAAAGGGUCCUGAAACAGAAGACAGAAAGCUUAUUAUUCAACAGAUUGAUAGGACCAUUGGCUACCUUGUGGAAGCUAUUGAGAAACACAGCUUGAAGGAGAAGUUGAAUGUCAUCAUUACUUCCGAUCAUGGAAUGACCACAGUAAAAAAGAAGCCUGCAGUACAGGAGAUAUUAUUGUCCAACUACAUCAAAUUCAGAAACUUGACCAAGUUUGACAUACUGGACUAUGGGGGCUUUGGGAUGAUAUCCCCCAAGGCAGGAAAACAGGAGGAAAUUUACCAGGCACUGAAGAAUGCUCAUCCUCAUCUAAAAGUGUAUAAAAAAGAAGAGUUUCCUGAACAUUUCCACUAUGCAAAACACGAACGAGUUUUACCGAUCCUUGUUUAUGGCGACCUUGGUUACAGUGUUAAUUCGAGGAUAAUACUGUACAUUAACAAAGGAGACCAUGGGUUUGAUAAUGAGGAUAUGGACAUGAAGACAAUAUUCAGAGCCUUUGGCCCAGAUUUCAAACAGAAUUACUCAGCUGAGCCCUUUGACAGUAUUCACAUUUAUCCACUGAUGUGUAAACUCCUGGGCGUCACUCCAGAGCCAAAUAAUGGAUCGCUAGCGUUUACAGAGAAAAUGCUCAUUGAUACUGCCCAGCCACAGCCAAACAUCCGGCUCGCUGCUAUUGUUUUAAGUGCCAUCGUAGCCGUGCUGUCGUGAUCAUAUUCAUCUUGUCGGUGACUUGCACUGCCAUCCAGCGAAAGAAAGGGCUAAAGAAGGAUCACCACAAAGCAACAAAGAGGCCACCCUUAUCAUCAACAACGUUGUGAGCCAUUCUCAUUUUGAGAGAAGACAUAGAGCAUUUGAAAAAAUAAACCUGCAUCUUGUUCUUUUUUUGGUUCUACUUGCUGGAUGUUUGCUUUCAGAAACUGGCAGGAUGUUAAUGCGAAAUGAUCAUUUCACUUUUGGUUUGAUACAUCACUAUACAUGUCCGAAAAAAUCCUUGGUCUCAAAACAGCAAAGAUAGUAACGGGAUAGUAUUUUGUGAACAAGAGGGUGUCAACAUGUGCAACAAAAAUCUGUACAAUAUGAGAAAGA